AUGGCCGGAGGCACGGCUGGUGUGGUCGCUUGGAUCGUUGUUUGUCCCUUGGAAGUGGUCAAGAACAGAAUUCAAGUGGACAAGUCUACUAAGAAACUGUAAAACAACGACUCUUAUGGAGGAGAAUGGAACAAACUUUCCAGAAGUGCAAUGAAGUUGAUGUCUCGGAUUUGGAGAAAAGAGGGAUUUGGGGCUUUUUUCCGCGAUUGCCUGGCCUUGUCCAUCCGAGGAUUUGUUGUCAACGCCACCAUUUUUGUCGUUUACGAGAAAACUCUGGAAUUAUUUUCUUGA